AAAUACAUAACAAUUCAUCAAGACCCACGAAGAAAAAGAGAAAAAAUCUCGGAUGUUGGUUAAUUUUUUUGUAUUUUCUCUCACAUCACGUGCAUAGCACGUGCCUAACGAGAUCUCGCUGGCGGCGACCGGAGAUACUUUCCGGCGACAUCUUUCACCUUCUUUGUUAAUGGGUUCUAGUCCAAUUGUGGUUUCCGGGUCUUCAGGUACGAGGAACCGACCCAAUAACAAGAGCAAGAAUGAUCCGUGUGUUAGCUCUUCUGGGUUUGUGUAUUUACUUGUGUCGUUUGUAGCUUUGGGUUCAAUUGCUGGGAUUUAUGUUCGGUUUAUGAUGACCCCAAAUGUCCAUGCGAGUAUCUCUUCAAUAGGAUGUAAAGAGGAUGAUGAGGGUUCUUGGUCAAUUGGUGUUUUCUAUGGUGAUUCUCCUUUUUCCCUCAAACCCAUUGAAGAUAUGAAUAUAUGGAGGGAUAAGAAAGCGGCAUGGCCAGUAGCCAAUCCUGUAAUCACCUGUGCUUCAGCCUCUGUGGCUGGGUUUUCCAGUAAUUUUGUUGCUGACCCCUUUCUUUAUGUUAAGGGAGAUGUCUUUUACCUGUUCUUUGAAACAAAGAAUUCAAUUACAAUGCAAGGGGAUAUUGGAGUUGCGAGAAGUACUGAUAAGGGAGCAUCAUGGGAGCAGUUAGGUAUUGCUUUGGAUGAAGACUGGCAUCUGUCCUAUCCAUAUGUCUUUGAAUAUAAUGACAAUAUAUAUAUGCUGCCUGAGGGCAGAGCAAAAGGACAACUUCGUCUUUAUCGAGCUGUAAAUUUUCCCAUGAAAUGGACACUGGAAAAGAUCAUAAUGAAAAAGCCGCUUGUUGAUUCAUUUAUCAUUCCACAUGAUGGAAAAUACUGGCUAUUUGGUUCAGAUCACAGUGGUAUUGGUGCACAGUAUAAUGCUCAGUUGGAAAUAUGGUACAGUAGGUCACCGCUUGGUCCUUGGAGACCACAUAAGAAAAAUCCAAUCUAUAACACAGAUAAGAGCAUGGGAGCCCGAAAUGGAGGUAGACCAUUUUUAUUUGAUGGUCAUCUUUAUCGUGUUGGCCAAGACGAUGGUGAAACAUACGGGCGGAGGGUACGCCUCUUCAAAAUAGAAGUUUUGACUACUGAUAGGUUCGAAGAAGUUGAAGUCCCAACGGGCCUUAAAGAGUCCAUUAAGGGAAGAAACGCCUGGAAUGGUGCUCGCAGCCAUCAUCUUGAUGUGCAACGAUUAAGCUCCGGAGAGUGGGUUGGAGUUAUGGAUGGGGAUCGAGUGUCUUCAGGUGAUGCAAGUAGACGGUUUCAUUUAGGUUGUGCGUCAGUCUUAGGUGUGGCAGCCCUGGUUAUACUGUUCGGUGUGUUACUUGGAGCUGUUAAAGGUUUAGUUCCCCUUAGUUGGUGGCCGCAUAAUGUUGGAAAGAGGAGUGAUGCUUCAUUGGAUUGGGAAAGAUCGAGCUUGUUCUAUUCUAGAAUGAGACUAUUCUGCAGCCACUUGAAUAGAGCAAGCUCAUCACUCCGUGCCAGAAUAAAACCAAACUCAUGUAGUGGAAGCUUGAUUCUUACUUUAAUAUUUUUGGUAACGGUGGUCUUAAUGUGUACUGGAGUUAAUUACAUAUAUGGAGGUAGUGGUGCGCAUGAAGCUUACCCGUUGCAUGGUCAGUACUCUCAGUUCACUUUAUUAACAAUGACCUACGAUGCACGGAUCUGGAAUCUGAAAAUGUAUAUCAAUCAUUACUCAAGAUGUUCUUCAGUGCGCGAAAUUGUUGUAGUGUGGAAUAAAGGACAACCUCCAGAAUUGAGUGAAUUUGAUUCUGCAGUGCCAGUAAGGAUUAGAGUGGAGGAAAGAAACUCACUAAAUAAUCGAUUCAAGGUUGACCCUUCCAUAAAGACAAGAGCCGUUCUUGAGCUUGAUGAUGACAUUAUGAUGCCUUGUGAUGACGUUGAACGAGGAUUUAAGGUAUGGCGUGAGCAUCCUGAGCGAAUUGUAGGGUUUUACCCCCGACUAGCAAAUGGUAGCCCGUUGAAGUACAGGGCUGAGAAACACGCUCGGAAGCACAAUGGAUAUAACAUGAUUCUGACUGGAGCAGCCUUCAUGGACACUAAAAUGGCUUUUGAAAUGUACUGGAGCAAAGAGGCAGCACCAGGUAGAGAAGUAGUAGACAAUCUUUUCAACUGUGAGGAUGUGUUGUUAAACUACCUGUACGCAAAUGCAAGCUCUUCAAAUACAGUCGAAUACGUGAAACCUGCAUGGGCAAUCGAUACUUCAAAGUUCACUGGUGUCGCGAUUAGCAAGAAUACGCAGAUUCACUAUGGCCUUCGGAGCAGUUGCCUUCAAAAAUUCUCUGAAAUGUAUGGAAGCAUAACCAAUCGUAAGUCGGAAUUUAACCAUCGGAUGGAUGGUUGGGAUGUAUAGCUAGAAGAAAAUUCUAACACCAGAUUUGAAGUUAGCAGUUUUUUUUCUUCUUAUUUUUCAAUCUUUCUUGUUGGUAUAAUUUUUGGUUUUGAUGAUUCGUAAGCGUUUCUUUAUCCCUCCUGUUGUGAAUUUUUGUAAGGGGAGGGACUCUUGUUGUAAGCUAGUUUUGUCAGUCUCAGAUGCACUUUUCACUUAAAAUUUCUUGUUUAAAUGCACAUAUUU